CAAGGCAGGCAGGCAACACCAUGGGGUCGCGCAGGGUCCUUGGGUGGGGCGUAGGUGGACGGGCGGGGGGCGACAGUGAGGAUGAUGGGCCUGUGUGGACCCCCAGCCCAGCCAGCCGCAGCUACCUGCUCAGCGUGCGGCCCGAAACCAGCUUACCAAGCAGCCGGUUGUCUCACCCCAGCUCUGGAAGGAGCACCUUCUGCUCCAUCAUUGCGCAGCUCACAGAGGAAACACAGCCACUAUUCGAGACCACGCUCAAGUCCCGGGCUGUGUCCGAGGACAGCGACGUCAGGUUCACCUGCAUCGUCACAGGAUACCCAGAGCCAGAGGUGACCUGGUACAAGGAUGACACAGAACUGGACCGCUACUGUGGCUUGCCUAAGUACGAGAUCACGCACCAGGGCAACCGCCACACCCUGCAGCUGUACAGGUGUCGAGAAGAAGAUGCUGCCAUCUACCAGGCCUCUGCCCGGAACACAAAGGGCAUUGUAUCCUGCUCAGGGGUCCUGGAGGUAGGGACCAUGACUGAGUACAAGAUCCACCAGCGUUGGUUCGCCAAGCUGAAGCGCAAGGCUGCAGCCAAGAUGCGGGAGCUGGAGCAGAGCUGGCGGCAGGGGAAAGAGGCAGCUGGGGAGGCUGAGGCACUGCGCAAGCUCAGCCCUGACCGCUUCCAGCGCAAGAGACGCCUGAGUGGACCUGAGGUGUCUGUCCCCUCAGCCCCAUUCCCAUCCAGGGAGGCUAAGGAUGAGGCCCCGGAAGCUUGGCAGGAGGGUGAGACAGAGUCUGCUCAGCACCCCAGUUUGGGUCUAAUCAACAGCUUUGCUCCUGCUGAGGUGCCCACCAAUGGGGAGCCGGCUCCAGAGAAUGGUGAGGACGGGGAGCACGGCUUGCUGACCUACAUCUGUGAGGCCAUGGAGCGGGGGCCUUCAAGAGCCCCCCAGAAGGAGUUUGGGGCCAAGAAGAAAAGGAAAGAUGAGGAAUCCAAGCCGGGGAUAAAAACACCAGAGUCGGAGAAGGCAGCCCGAAGUCACCACUCUGCAGAAAACUGUGUCCCUUCAGGCCAGCCUGCUUCCUGUGGGACACAGGGGCCUGUGGGCACGGAGCAGGUUCAGGCCCAGCGCAGAGGCCGGGCAGCUCCAGGGCCUGGCCCGCCUGAGACUGGUAGUGUCAGGAAGCCACCCCCUGCCGUGGGUACUCAAGAUGGGGCCCAUGAUGCCUCUGCCCAAAGCCCUGCCCAGCCCCCCACUGUCACCCCAGCCCCAGGCCCAGGCCAGGAGGGGUAUUUCUCUCUGAAGGACAUGUAUAUGGAGAGCACCUUGGCAGUCAGGCCUCGGGGACAGGGGGAGCCCCAGCCGUCUAGUGUCAGGGCACCUGCAGAGGUUCCUCCUGGCAAGGUGCCCAUCCGGUUCAGAGGUGCUGCAACGCCCACCAGUCCUGGCCAGCACACCCCCUCCUUGGUUCCCCAGCCGGCUCUACCUUUCAACAGGAAGAGAUUUGCCCCUCCGAAGCCCAAAGCGGAGCCUCGCGCUGAUAGCCAGCCCCCCUCUUCCUUGAAUGGCUCUAAUGGAGCCCAGAGCUUUGGGAAGGUACCACCUCAAGUCUCUGCCCAGGUGCCCACGCCCCCUGCCCGCCGGAAGCACAGUUCAAGGGACAGCCCUGUGCAGGGACGAGCUGGCCACAGGCCUCAGCCAGAGGAGCCCCAAGCAACUGAGGCUCCGACUAUACCUACCAGCAGCAGCUCUGGAAGUCGGGUGGUUGUGGAGCCUAUGGAUACAGAAGCCCAGGAGGACAGCAGGACAUGCACGGAUGACCAGAGAACCAGAGGCAGGAAGAGUCCACAGGUGCCAGUGGCCGGGAGGACCGAGGGACAGAGGGCACACACAGCCCAGAGGACGCAGGUGGAUGUUGUGAUGCAAGAAAGUGAGAGCCCGCAGUCAGACAGGAGUUCACAGAAGGAUGUGGUGAUGCAGAAAAGAAUGGAAACGCAGGUAGCAAGGGUACCAGAGGAUGAGAGGAUGCAGGAAGACAAGAGGAUGCAGGAAGGGGAGCGGACAGAACCAGAGGGCUGUGUCGCACCAGCUAGUGAAGGCCACCCAGAGCAGCAGUCUGUAAGCUGCCUCAGCCCAGCACCCAGAGCUGCAGAGCACCGGCCAGCUGGGGGGCCCAGGUCUCCUGAAUGUUCAGUGCAGGCUCCAGAAACAUCUGCCACCCCUGAGAAGCCUGGUUUCAUGCUCAGAUCUGAGGAGCCAUCAGUAAGCACCUCCAGGAGCCAUGAGGACGCUGCCCUGGGUCCCCUGCCAGUGGUCCCCAUGGGCCAAACACAGCUGCCCCCAAAGAGGAGCCCAGGGCAUGGGGCAGGAGAGGAGCAUCCAGAGUCAGAGGAGUCAGGCCCAGCCAAGGCUGAGCAGGAGGAGCAGCCAGGAGCUGUGUCAUGUGUAGCCCUGGGUGGCUGUGCCCCAGCUGGCCCAAGCCCAGAGGUAUCUAUCAAACUCUCUUUUCCUGGGCCCAGCUUGACCAACAACCCCCAGGAGAGGCUGCCAAGUACCCCAUACCCUCAGCCCACAGCCACAACUGGGGACCAGGAUGGGUUCAGUUCUGUCCCCACCUUGCACCUGGAGCCAGAGUGCCCCUUGCCAAGUCCCCUGCCAGAAACCGUGGCCACCAGCAGUGGGGGGGCCUGUGCCAAAGAGCCUGCUGUGGAGGGGAGGCCGCCAACGGCUCGGAGCUGUGACCCUGGCCUCAUUGAUUCCCUGAAAAACUACCUGCUUCUCCUGCUGAAGCUCUCCAACACAGAAGCCAGUAGGGCAGUGGCUGAGUCCCCAGCAGCAGCUGCUGCCACAGACAGAGCGCCAGCCCCGGCUCUGGUGCCCACGGUGGAAGUUGCAGGGCUGAGUCCCCGGACAUCGCGGCGCAUCCUGGAGCAUGUGGAGAAUGACCACCUGGUGCAGAGUGCGCAGACCCUGCUGCUGAGCCCCUGCACCUCGCGACGGCUCACCGGCCUCCUAGACCAAGAGGUGCAGGCUGGUCGCCAGGCUCUGGCCAUUGCCCAGGCUGUCCAGAGCCCCGGGCCCAGCCCUCUAACUGUUCCUGCCAUCGUGGUAGGAGAGGAGAUCCCCAAGAUGACUUCAGAAGGGUCCCUUGGGGGGCCUGACCUCCAGGGUGGGCAGGCAGAGGAGAGAAGGGCCAACAAACCCUGCCAGGAGGAGGCAGUCCUAGAGGAGGCUUUGCCGGGGCUCCCUGCAGCUACUCCUGAGGAACUGGCUCUGGGGGCCAGGAGGAAGAGAUUUGUUCCUAAGGUCAGAGCAGCAGGAGAGGGGGAGGUGGCCAAAAUUGAGGAAAGGGAAAGCCCCUCAGUUUCUCCCAGGGGCCCCAGGAAGAACCUGGCACCAGGGUCCCCUGGGACUCCAGGACGGGAGAAGCGCUCCCCUACCCAAGGCAGAAAGGCCACACUGGAGGUGCCUCGGGCAGAGGAGGAGCCCGUGGCAGGAGAGCUGGGCUCUAGCCCCAAGGCCGGAGGUCCUGACCCAGAGCCUGCCCUGGACGAAGACACACAGGAGGCCUCAGCCAAGUCUCGGAAGGCCAAAGACCUGCUCAAAGCCCCUCAGGUAAUCCGCAAGAUCCGGGCGGAGCCAUUCCCUGAUGCCUCCGGCAGCCUGAAGCUCUGGUGCCAAUUCUUCAACAUCCUCAGCGACUCAGUCCUGACUUGGGCCAAGGACCAACGCUCGGUGGGCGAGGUGGGCAGGAGUGCAGGGGAUGAGGGGCCGGCAGCCCUGGCCAUUGUGCAGGCUGCUCCCACAGACUGCGGGGUAUACCGGUGCACCAUCCACAACGAGCACGGCUCGGCCUCCACUGACUUCUGCCUCAGCCCCGAGGUGUUGUCUGGGUUCAUCUCGCGAGAAGAAGGUGAAGUUGGAGAAGAGAUUGAGAUGACCCCCAUGGUGUUUGCCAAGGGUCUGGCUGACUCUGGCUGCUGGGGGGACAAGCUCUUUGGGCGACUGGUGAGCGAGGAGCUCCGAGGGGGUGGACACGGGGGUGGCCUGCGGAAGGCCUCCCAGGCCAAGGUCAUCUACGGGCUGGAGCCCAUCUUCGAGUCAGGCCGCACAUGCAUCAUCAAGGUGUGCAGCCCACUUGUGUUCGGGCCCAGCAACGAGACCUCCCUCCUGGGCAGAAACUACGACGUCACCAUCCAGGGUUGCAAGAUACAGAACAUGAGCCGGGAGUACUGCAAAAUCUUCGCAGCAGAAGCCCGAGCGGCCCCCCGCUUUGGGGAAGUGCCUGAGAUCAUCCCUCUCUACCUGAUCUACCGGCCUGCCAAUGCCAUCCCGUAUGCCACCCUGGAAGAGGACCUGGGGAUGUCCCUGCAGUCCUACUGCUCCCGGGAAGGAAGCUGCAUGGGUACUUCAGCGGCACCUAGCAGUUCUGAGGUUGUGCAGAAAUGCCAAGCCUUCCAGCACUGGCUGUACCAGUGGACAAAUGGCAGCUUCCUCGUCACAGAUUUGGCAGGGGUUGACUGGAAGAUGACUGAUGUGCAGAUUGCUACCAAACUGCGAGGAUAUCAAGGCCUUAAGGAGAGCUGCUUCCCGGCCCUGCUGGACCACUUCGCCUCCUCCCACCAGUGCAACACCUACUGUGAGAUGCUGGGGCUCCCAGCCCUCAAGGGCCCCGAAGUUGCCCACCCCCAAGCCAAGCCCAAAGGCUCCAAGAGUCCAUCAGCUGGCAGGAAAGGUGCCCAACUGAGUCCACAGCCCCAGAAGAAAGGCCCUCCUAGUCCUCAGGGCGUGCGGCGAAGCACACCAAGCCCCAGGGCCACCUCGGAGGCAGCUGCUGUCCAGGUACUGGGGAAACCUCCCUCACAGGAGGGGGGCUCCAAGGCCCAGCGGUAGCCCCAGCAGGGGCUGGGGGCCUCCACCCAGCAGCAGACCAACCAGGAAUCAACUUGAACCAGACAGAGAUGUUCUCAAGAUGGUGCCAGCGGAAAGGUGCCCUGAGCAAGGACCGCCUGGGGACCUCUUUGAGAAUCCUGUCCUCCAACAGCUCCUCCUCUGAUGGUUUUGGCUGUGGCACACAGCCACCAGCCUCUCCUGGUGCCAUCAUCAGCCAGGGUUCCCAGGCCUCAAGUAGGCCUCACCUCCAAGUACCUGGCGGCCUUGGCCUCCUAGAAGUUUACAUUCACCACUGCUGGAGGCUCCCCGAGUCCUCUGCAUGUGUUCUCCCCCAAACCCCUUCCUGGCCAGAUGUGGUGGCCAGCACUGCCAUCCGGGCCCGUGCCAUCCUGUCCCCUGCUCGACCCAGCCCUUUUCCUGUUUUCAGGGUUUCAGACUCCUCCGUGGUGUCUGGCUUGUGACUCUCAGGGUGAUUUCUUCCAGCUACUUGCCACAUCCAUCCUAGCUAUCCUGUGCCUAACCUGUCCUCGAGCCCAGGUGGGGCUCAGGGCCCUUCUGGGCCUGUUGUAUCCCUGGCAUCAGUCUCUGAUGAAUCAUGCUUCUGCACACCCUCCCCAUCACUGUCAUCCUGGCCUUGCUCCCCAGCUUUGGGCCCCCACAGUCUGCCCUUCUGACUGUGCUUGUACCCGUGUUCAGGUUUGCCUGACCCUCGUCUGCACAGUGCCCACCAGUGCUUCUGCCUUAUUCCUUGGCUCUCAUCCCUGCCUGUCCCCAGAGGGAGGGCAUUGACUUUGAGGGGCCUCAUGCUCCAUCCUGGAAAGAGGGGUUCACAGUGAAUUUCCUGUCUCCCUUACAGAGAGUUGGGACUCUCCCUUGUGGGGGUCCUAGAAAGGACCUAAAAGAAUCAGUCUUGAGUAAGGGAAUGGGGACCCCCUACCUCCAACUAUUCGCUCCUAAUCCUGGGCACCAGUAUUGGGCUCUCCCAGAUGGGCUCAUGAAGAUUUUCAGUGUGGCACCUGGUGCCCUGUGUCCUUCCUGGAUGUCCCUUCCUGAGACCUGGUGUGGAUGGUCUGGAGCUAGCCCACUUCCCUUGGAAUGCAAUAAAAGCAGUGCCCGUGUGU